UCCCCACGAGAGACAUGGCCGGGAGCAGUGAGAAGGCGCCAGACUCCGGGCGAGGCGUCGUGCUUUUGGACAACUGGCCAGGAUAUGACUUGGAUUUGUUCACGUACCCACAGCACUAUUACGGCGAUCUGGAGUGUGUGCUCCUCCCUCAUGGCAUCAUAGUGGACAGAAUUGAGCGGCUGGCCAAGGAUAUAAUGAAUGACAUAGGCUUCCAUGAUAUUCUGGUCCUGUGUGUGCUGAAAGGAGGUUACAAAUUCUGUGCUGAUCUGGUAGAGCACCUUAAGAACAUCAGUCGAAAUUCAGAUAGAUUUGUCUCUAUGAAGGUUGACUUCAUCAGACUAAAAAGUUACAAGAAUGACCGAUCCAUGGGUGAGAUGCAGAUCAUAGGAGGCGAGGAUCUCUCAACACUGACUGGAAAGAAUGUCCUCAUUGUUGAGGAUGUUGUUGGAACUGGGAGGACCAUGAAAGCGCUGCUCAGCAGCAUCGAGAAAUACAAGCCCAACAUGGUGAAGGUAGCCAGUUUGUUGGUAAAGAGAACAGCCAGAAGUGACAGCUUUAGACCUGACUAUGCUGGAUUUGAGAUCCCAGAUGUCUUUGUGGUGGGCUAUGCCUUAGACUACAAUGAAUACUUCCGAGACCUGAAUCACAUAUGCGUGAUCAACGAACACGGUAAAGAAAAAUACCGAAUAUGAUGAAGCAAAACUCCUCAGCGUCUCUUUUCCAGAUAAUAUGAUUCUUCUACUCAGGAAGCCAGAGUGUAAAGUCUGUCUCCGUGGCCAUCUUCACUCAGUAGGAUAGAAAAGACUUUUUAAAAAUGAGUUUUUCUUUUCGGAUAUUAAAAUGUCAAUACCAACGGUUCUUCGGGAAGAGAAGACUGUGCCUGCUUUUGACUCCUUCCAGUUUGAACAUCUCAGAUCCCAAAUCCCACGCACCUUCAUGCUCCUGAACAUACCUGCUGCUUUAGUACAGUCACUGGUCACGGGCUCUUCCUGGGAAAACUCCCAUCCGAUUACUCAAAUAUUGUUCACUUAACUCCUCUAAUGCUAUGUGUCUUUAUAACAUUUUACAGUAAUAAGAACCUGCAGCCCCCUUCGCUUUAGCCCUGAGCCUGUAGAGUAAGAAUGCAGCUAAGUUCCCUCACUAAAACUGGAGCCAAAGGACAGCUUCCCGGGAGCGUCUGUUUGCCCGGCUGUGACAGGACGUUAUUAUCUGCUUUGACAAAGCCUUUCAGGAGUGCGGGUACAAUGAACCUUAAUGAUGUUAUGAAAUGAACCUUCACUGUGUGCUCUUGUGCGCUUCCUGUAUGUGAUGACAGCAUGUCAUGUGUGCAUGGAUGUACUCGACUGUGUUUAAUACUCUGCAUUUUAAUUAGAAAAAACACAAUGGCAGCAAGGCCUGCCCCCCCCCCCCUGAGCUGAAUCCUUUUAUUCACGUGGGACAUGAGCAAAUGGUGGGAUUGAGAGGCGGAGGGUGUUUUCAAAAAUCAGCACUAAGCAAGUGUGGAUUUUUCCUCUUAUUUGCAUGGAAGAAUAAGACAGUUAAAUGUUGCUUUAAUCAUGAACAGAGGUCGAAUUAUUUGACUAAAUGUCCUUAUAUGACUCCCCACACAAUCCAGGGUGCCAGAGGAAGCAAGCACACAUACCGAAGUUUUUGUGCAUAACACACACACACACACACACACACACACACACACACACAGACCUAUUAGCACCAUUAUACGUGACACUUCCUAAUUUUUAAGGAUCUUAAUUAAAAGUAAGCUCAAGAGUUCACAGUGCUAGAUAUAUUGCCUCCUAAAAGGAGAAAAUGCAUAAUGAAAUAACUAGUCUUUGUUUGGUUCUGAACAAUCUAUGGCAUAUUGUUACAUUGUAGAGCCCUUUAAACUAAUAAUAAAAAAGACAUGGUCCCCAACUGCUUUCAUAUGCUUUCAGUCAUUGAAAUAUGUGGGAGCCAGGAGCCUGGAUGCAUGGCUGUGUGCAGCUAUCCCAUGGGCAGCCUGGAUUAAAUCCAAAACAUGCACUCAGAUAAGCAAACGUCAAGCCAGGAGCCAUCUGCCACUUUCCUGUUGUCCUCCCUAAACCUGCUUUGUGAGGACAAGGAAUUCACGUGUGAAGGAAGAUUUCCUGUAUAUCUAUUCCCGUCUCAGCCAGAGAAGAAAACAGACCCUGCCCAGAUUCCCCAAGGGGGAAGCCACAAAGGGAGUCACUUCUGGCUUUGUUCCGUAAGCACAUUACUGAUUAAUAAUCGUGUAGAACGAAAUUCAUAAGACUCACAUUUUAUAUAUACUUUACCAUUACACCAUAUUUCUACCCAAAGGCCUAGAAAAACAGACAUACACUUGGUUUGGAAUAGAAAUUUAUCCAUGAAGUAGGCAUAUUAGAAACGCUUUCCUAAAAAUCUUGCAUUUUAAGUAAGCAUCAUUAUCAUUUGUGACAAUUGUGUUUAUUCAGAUUAGAAGACUGAUCUGUCUCAAAAUUGUGAAGGCUUGUAUAUUUAAUCAUCAAAAAGAAAAAAGCAGUAACUGCACAGAAGUUUAAUCAUUUCUGCUAGUUUUUCAUAUCAGACUAUUUUGACACGGAUAUGGGAGAAUGUCGUCUUGGGAAAAACAUUUUUUUUUCCUGUUGCAAAACUCUGACUGGGGUUUAUGCUCCUGAGUUUACUCACAUCACUCCAAAAGCAUCAAAUCUGCUUAGCAACACAUCCAGGUGUUUAUUUAGCAGUGAGCACUUGUAGGGUCUACCUCAGUUCCCCUUCUGCUGUGAACCCUCACAAGAGUGACUUAAGGGAGGAAGGAUUUUAGUUCCCUAUUCCAGGCUGCAGUCCAUCCUGGCAGGGAAGUCAGUCACACCCCCAGGAACUCGAAGGAACUGAUCGCAUCCACAAUCAACAGACAGACAGAAGAAAGCAGGCAAGUGCUCAGCUCAGAGUUUUCAUUUCAGACAGUCCAAGAUCCCCUGGCCAGAAAAUGACCCCACCCACAACUAAGAUGGGUUGUCCCACAUCAAUUAAUUUAAUCAAGAUAACGCCACACAGGCAUGACCAGCUCCCGAGAUGAUUCUAGAUUCUGUCAAGCUGACAGCACUAAUUGCCACAGACAUGGAACGGGACUGGGACUGCAUCUCCAUAGUGGGACCCUUUCCUGCCAUGCUCAGCCCCAACACCACAAAAACAGAAAGGGGGGGGAGUGAGAAAAUAUAUGUGCUACUCUAUA